AUGCGAUUUCCCGUCGAACGCCUUGCAAGUCUGGCUGCGUUGAUCGACGUUGGAGUCAGCUACAACACCAACGAUCAAGUGGGUGUUGAUAUCAGCUAUGGCUCUUUCCAGAAUCCAUCAGUCCACGUCCGACCGCGCUUUCGCUACUGGAUCCCAGACGCCAGUGUAAACCUCAGCCAUGUAGCUGCAGAUUUCGCUACGGUCAAAGCGGUCGGGAUGGGGGGCCUCGAGCUACUUGGAUACUACCUCUACGGGGACUUCCCGACGGGCGUAGCCGAAGGUGGACCGAUUCCAGUAGACUGGACCAAAUAUGGCUGGGGCACUGAUGCGUGGAAGACAUUACAAGACACCGCCUUGAGGGCGACCAAAGAUAAUGGGAUGAUCAUAGAUCUCGCACUUGGCCCGAACCAGGGUGCUGGUGUGCCAGCUGAGACAAACGAUCCUGGCAUCAUGUGGGACCUCUGGCCCUUCAACACUUCCGUGCCCCUUGGACAAUGCUUCAAUGGCACAGUCCCUGGCUGGGGACAAAUCGAGGGUGGCGAGUUCGUCGCUGCAACUAUUGGUCUAGUGGUUAAUCAGAAGGGUAAUCUAACUUUCUCGGCGUCACCAGCCUGGACUGGACACAACUACACUGGUAAUAACCUCACAGUUUCUGUGGCGUCGUUACAGGACAUCACCCAACAAGUCGAUAAUGCCACCGGUCAUGUUAGUAUUACAUUUCCCCCAUCAAACAACACUGGCAUCGAGUGGCAAGUCUUCGCCUACUACCAGAACCAAACCAACUACCACGAGCAAGCUCCGCCAUGGUACGUCAACACCAGUGUGCCUCAGUCGCCAGUAACAGAGUUCCGUGAGAACGGCAGCUGGGUCGUCGAUCAUUUCUCUUCCACGGGUGCACAGCUUGUGAUUGACUUCUGGGAGAACUAUCUACUGGGCAACGGCUCAAAGGAACUUAUACAAGAGGUUGGUAAUUACGUUUGGGAGGACAGCCAAGAGUUCGGUGCUGGAACCCUGAUAUGGUGGACGCCAAAUCUGCUGAGAACGUUCGAAGCACAACGAGGCUAUGAUCUGACCAAGUAUCUUCCUUUGAUUUAUCGGGUUAACAAUGAAGCACCGGCGCCGCUCGCCAGCCCAGAUCACUAUUAUACAGAUGAGAGCGAUCAGGGUCAAAGCUAUAUCAAUGACUACUGGCAAACACUCACCGAAUUAAACCAAAUUUAUCUCGAUGUCUUCACGAAUUGGAGCACAAGCUCUUUACAGUCUCAGUAUUCUGCACAAGUCGUGUACAACCUGCCCAUGGAUAUGCUAGCCAACGUGCCACACGUUAACGCACCCGAAUGUGAGUCACUGGGCUUCAACCACCUCAUCGAUGGCUAUCGCCAGUACUCUGGUCCCGCAAAUCUAGCCGGCAAACGUGUCAUAUCCUCCGAGCUCGGAGCGCAACGUAAUGAAGUCUACAGUCAGACACUUCCCGAACUCAUCUGGGACAUCAAGAGAAGUAUCGUCGGGUCGGUCAAUCAAUUUGUUCUGCAUGGCUAUCCCUUCAGCGGCACAUAUCCAAACACCACCUGGCCAGGAUUCUCGACCUUCACAUACCGUUUCUCGAACAUGCAUGGGCCAAGACAGCCGGCGUGGGAAUACUACGACGAUUUUAUGAACUGGAUCGCACGGACACAAUACGUUGCCCAGAGUGGCAUACCUAAGAUUGACCUAGCGUUUUGGCUGAAGUCUGAUGAGUACUUCUCGGUCACUAAUCAGUAUUGGCCAGAUGAUCUACAGAAAGCGGGAUACUCGUACGAGUACCUCAGUCCAGACAACUUCAAUUUCCCUGAAGCUUACGUGGGUAACGAUACCUUGGCGCCCGCUCGUCAAGCUUUCAAGGCCCUUAUUGUCCGGGCUAACGACACGCUGACCGUCUUCGGCGUAGAUCGCCUUGGAGACUUUGCUCAAUCCAGUCUACCCAUCAUCAUCUCUGGAGGCCUACCGGAGAAGUUGGUAGGCUACAAUCAAAGCGGCACCGAGUACGUACGCUCGAAGCUUGCUAGAAUCGCUCAGAUGGAUAAUGUGCACAUCGUGCCUUAUGACAAUCUUGCUGCUUCCCUGGCUGCACUGAAGGUCAUGCCCAGGACAAGUGUGAGCAGCGACAGGAUCUGGUAUACGUAUGUCCGUGAAGAUGCCAACGACUCAAUAACCUAUGCAUACGUCUACAACGAUGCAUAUGAUUCGGAGCUCGGCCAGGGGGCAUCGUCUGGCUCUGUCACGUUUGAGUACACCGGUGUCCCUUAUACAUACGAUGCAUGGACUGGUGAUACCUCGCCCAUAAUCGCCUACCAGCAGACCAACACAAGCACAACCAUACCAUUUAACCUAGCGGGCAACCAAAGCAUCAUUGUCGGCUUCCACCACAACGAGACGACUUCGCCUAGCGCAAGAGUACUUUCUUUGCCGAACACGGUGUACAGUGCCUCAAGUCAACAUGGAUACGGUGGCACAUCUUGCUCCCUCAAAGCAAGCAACACAUCCGAGCCAGUCCUGCUUUCGAAUGGUACAGCAAUCCACUUGCCAACGACCGCCGCAACCCUCAAUCUCACCCACUGGAAUUUGACAAUCGAGUCCUGGACCUCCCCCAGUGACCCGUAUGCACAACAGACCGAGGCCGCAACGUCAAACACCACGUACACUCUCGACGGGCUGAAGCCGUGGAACCAGAUUUCCGAAGCCUUACGCAACACUUCUGGUCGCGGCUUUUACACAACAACAUUCACCUGGCCGCCACGCAACAGCAGUUCCAGCGCGGCAAACGGCGCAAUUUUGCGUCUGGGCGCCGUCGUCCACACAGCACGAGUCUGGGUGAAUGGGCAACAACUGCCACCCCUAGACCCCACAGAUGCCAUCGCAGACAUAGGCGACCAGCUCACCCACGGGAGCAACACUAUAGAGAUCGUGGUGAGCACAACUCUUGGGAAUGUUCUGCGGCCGAUUUACGCGAGCAUCAGAUCGAGCGGGACGACCUGGCUCGGGCCACAGCCCUUGGAGCAGGAGUACGGAUUGGUGCAGGAUGUGCUGGUUGUGCCAUAUACCACGACCACGAUAAUGCUGUAG